AUCUUCCACGUUUACACAUCUGAACUCCUCCUACAGGAGCCCACAACUGACUGCACGAGCCUCAAUCACAGACUACAUUUUCUUUAAAAUGGUAGGGAGGAUUAUUUUGAGUUUACUGCUGGCGACAUGGUUCCCCGUGGACUGUAACCCAGGGCCUAUCGAUGAUAUUGCAAUUGAUCGAUACUUCAUUCCUAAGCGCUGCAUCAGAGAAGUGAAAUCUGGAGAUUUCGUGCGUUAUCACUAUAACGGCACUUUUACUGACGGAAAACUGUUUGACUCAAGCUAUGAUCGAGGGGUUGCAUUCUUUGGACAGGUGGGCCAAAAGUGGCAGGUCGCUGGUGUGGAGAAGGGUAUUCUGGGUAUGUGUGUGAGUGAGCGUAGGAAGAUAACUGUGCCCCCCCACCUGGCCUUUGGUAGCCAAGGAGCAGGUGAUAAAGUGCCGCCAGACGCAACAUUAGUGUUUGAUCUGGUUCUACUGGACAUCUUUAACAGGGCAGACCAGGUUCAGACCAAAGUCAUUAGUACACCUAAAGAAUGCAAGCGGUCGGUCAUGAGGACCGACUUUGUCCGUUUUCACUUCAAUGGGACAUUGCUGGAUGGUACUUCGUUUGACUCCAGCUACAAGCGUUCCCAGACACAAGAUUCAGUGGUUGGGGAAGGUUUGCUUAUAAAAGGCUUGGAUGAAGGGUUGCUGGGCAUGUGUGUGGGAGAAAUACGACACUUCAUCAUCCCCCCAUUUCUGGCAUUUGGAGAAAAAGGAUAUGGCACAGAUAUCCCUCCUCAUGCAUCAGUAGUGUAUCACAUUCUCCUGGAAGACCUCCACAACCCUAAAGAUGACAUCAUUGUGGAAGUCGUGGAAGCACCUGAACCAUGUACACGCAAGACUAUUGCAGGCGACUACAUUCGCUAUCACUACAAUGCUUCCUUCCUCAAUGGCAUAACGUUUGACUCCAGCUAUCAGCACAACCAGACGUACAACACGUACAUUGGAAUGGGCUACAUGAUCGCUGGCAUAGAUAAAGGCUUGCAGGGUGUGUGUACAGGAGAGAGGAGAAGAAUCAUCUUGCCACCUCACCUUGCAUAUGGCCAGCAGGGGGCAGGUAAGGACAUUCCAGGUUCGGCCGUGUUGGUCUUCGACAUCCAUAUAAUAGACUUCCACAACGUCAAAGAUCCUGUGCAGGUGGAGAUCACGCACAGACCUGAGGUGUGUAAUGAAACCAGUGAGGUGAAUGACUACAUUCAGUACCACUACAACUGCUCACUGCUGGACGGCACGCUGCUCUUUACAUCGAGGGACUAUGAGACCCCACAGGAUGUGGUGGUUGGAGGGGGUAAAAUAAUUGACGGCCUGGACGAGGCUCUUAGGAACAUGUGUGUAGGAGAGAGACGGACGGUCAUAGUGCCACCACACCUUGGACAUGGAGAGAAAGGAGCUGGUAUUGUCCCAGGGAGUGCAGUUCUGCGGUUUGAACUGGAGUUGGUGUCCCUGCAGAAGGGUGUUCCUGAAGGCUACCUGUUCAUUUGGCUUGAAGAGAGUCCGGUUCAGCUCUUUAAUGAACUAGACACCAACCAGGACCAGAAGGUCCCUUUAGAGGAGUUUUCACAGUUCAUCAAACAGCAGGUAUCAGAAGGGAAAGGUCGUCUUAAACCAGCUCAGGAUCCGGAUAGUGUCAUCGGGGAUAUGUUCAAGAACCAGGAUAGGAAUGCUGAUGGCGUGAUUACUCUGGAUGAACUAAAACUGAAAGUGGAUGAAGACACAGAAAAAAUGCGCCAUGAAGAACUAUGAAACAUGUUCACAAAAGCAUGUAAAUGUACAUGCAUUUAAAGAACAAAGCAACAGACUCGAUCCUGAGGCUGAAAACCGCACCAACAUGCUUUCCAGUAUUAAAAGUUUGUACAUUUGAUGGUCGCAUAUUUUUUUACUCCUAAAAAUGUUGGAUUUCAAAAAUGCAUUUGUGCCAUUGAAUAAAAAGUUCCAAACUAAAGUAUUUGCAAACAUUUUACUUUGAAAUGAAAUAUGAUGGCUACCCUUACAAAAAAAGAAGUAUAUUCAAGUGUGCUAUUAGUUUACUUCUUUUAGACUGAGAAUAAUAAGAGAAUAUACUUUUUAUAUAUUUGUCUAGCUUUUAUGUACUAAAUGAAAUUGUAUGUAAGUAUCCUUUGCUUACUGACAAUACAGAAAGUCUAAGUAUAUUUGGCCUAUACUUGUAAUUGAUAAUUUCAUCAAGUAAUUAUUCUAAGGAUUGGAAUUUUUUGGGAUUUUUUUUGUUUGUUUGUUUUGAAAGAAGUCUCUUAUGCUCACCAAUGCUGCAUUUAUUACUGUAUCACUAUAUUAUGUAAAUUUCCAGCAGCCAUUACAUCAGUCUAUAGUGUUACAUGAAAGAAAUCAUUCUAAUAUGCUAAUUAUACUAAUAUACUGGGGGUAGCCAACAUUGGCCCUGGAGAGCCAGAGUUCUGCAAAGUUUUGCUUUUUUUGCUAUAUAAGUAGUAAACUAUAAGUAUGAUGUUAAGUUCCCUUAAAAGACAAGUAUAUUUGUAGAAUGAAACUUUUAAAUCAGUAGUUUACUGAGAGCAUACUUCAAAGUGUACUUUCAUAAAUUAAAGCUAGUAUAUAGUCAAUAAACUAACAAGUUUCCUUUAAGUAUAUAUCUUAGUAGAGUUGCAAUACAAAUGCAAAACUCAAAGUAUACUACAGG